UGACAUAUAUCGCUUUCGCUGCCUUAUUUGGUUAUCCAAGAUUAAGUUAGGUUAAGUAGACAGAACAUGACAGAGUUUAUAUCUGACUACACAAAGAAUUGUGUAAAUAUAUAAUAAGUACAUAUACGAUAUCUUUAUUCAAGAUUAGGAUUAGAACUAAUCGAAAAUGAAUGACGAAGAAGUAAAAGGCCCGGAUGAAGAGGAAGGCGAAUUUUUUUUCGAAUCCGAUCACUUGGCAUUGAAGGGUAACAAGGAUUAUAGUGCGUUCCUGAAAACAAUAGUUAUUCUUGAGGCACAAAGAAUUCAAGCUAUAAAAGAUUUAGAUGAACUUAAGUCUGCGCGAGCCAAAGCGAUAAAGAAUCCAAUAUCGUUUGUGGCCCAGCUGCAAAAUGGAGAUCUUCCUGAGUUACCUGGCCCGCAGAAAAUCGCAGAGAUUCCUUAUAUUGAUUGGUCACAAUAUAAUAUAUCAUUGCCAGAUACACGUAUAAGACCGCAAACUCGACACGGACAUGUCUUGCCACAGAUGCAAGUGAAAAAUGAACAAGAAAAUGGAAAGAUUCUAGUGAGAGGUCGUGUUUUUGAUGAAAGCAAGCCUGAAACUUUUAAUCAAUUAUGGACAAUAGAAGAACAAAGACGGCUCGAGGAACUUUUAAUUGAAUACCCACCGGAAGAAAUAGAAAUGAGACGUUGGACUAAAAUAGCAAAUGCAUUAGGAAACCGAACACCUAAGCAAGUGUCCAGUAGAGUUCAAAAGUAUUUUAUAAAACUUUUAAGGGCAGGUUUACCUAUACCAGGAAGAGGUCCUAAAAUAAAAUUGGAUGUUAAGAAAGGUUUAACCCAUAAACAUCAGCGUAAUAAUCACUUUUUGUUUAAACGUUCAACAUUCUUUCCACAUCAAGAUAUUUCCUUUAAUAUAUCAGACGAAAAUAAAGAACAGCUUGUAACAGAAAUUGAGGAUGAUGCAUUAAGUGGAGGAAUUGACGAUACUCCUGAAGCAAGGCAAAUAACUUUAUUGCGUCAAGUAAAGACUGAAAAAGAGCAAGAUUUUUCUUCAUACAAACAUAUUGGAUACAAAUGCACAGUAUGUGGUGAAGAACCUUUAAAAGGUACCAGAUGGCAUUGCUCAAAAUGUCAUAGUGGAAUUGAUCUAUGUAGCGAUUGUGCAAUAGCACAGAUGGAAGCUGAAAAUCCCAUACAUGAUCCAUUUCAUAAAUUAAUUCCCAUAAAACCACCACAAUAUACUAGAAGUUAUGAUUUAGAUUAUUUCCCACAAAGUUUUAGUAAUUCUUCCUACAAUUAUCUCGAUCCAAAUUUCCUACCUGAAUAAUACAGUCUUCCAAAUAAAUACAAUAAAUAUUACAUAAAUAAAAUAAAAAAUUGAUUUGAGUAUUUAUAUAUUUUUAAUUCAUUUUACGCUUAUGCAAUUAGACUGUUGUAAUGGAGGAAAUUCAG